AUGACGACUUCAAAGAGAUCCUUAAAAAGGUCUCUUGAAACUAAUGACGAUUCUGAUUCUGAUAAUAAUAAUUUAUUAAGUCACUUAUUAGAAUUGCAAUAUGAUAAUAUUAAAAUAAACGAAAAUUGUAAUAACAAUAAUAAUAAUAAUAAUAAUAAUAAAAUUAAAUAUUCUAGCCAAAAUGAGGAAAAUGGAAAUGAAAAUGAAAAUGAAAAUAAAAAUGAAAAUGAUAGGUACCAAAAAAAGAGAAAAAUUAUAAAUUCACCACCAAAACCAAAUUUUGAGCAACAACAAGCACCACCACAAUCAAAUAUCCCAUUUAGUACACCUAAGAAAUUGGAAAAUUCAAAUAGUUAUUUUAAAAGUUUUACACCAUUUAAAUCAAGGUUUUCAAUAUUACCAAAUGGCAAUAAUUUUGGUGGUAAUAAUAAUAAUAAUAAUAAUAAUACCAACACCAAUGGUAAUAACAAUAAUAAUAAUGAAAAUAAUAAUAAUUUAAUUCUAAAAAGUUCAAGUAAAAAAUCAAUUAAAACUCAAAUUGAAAACGUUUAUAUCCCAGAAUCACCAUUUAAUAUAAAACUUAAAACUAAUAAAAUCAUACCAUUAAAAUCACUAUCUCAAUCACAACAAAAUGUUUCAAACAGUCCAAUUAAAUCAUCGAAAAUACCUAAUAAUAAUAAUAAUAAUAAUAAUAAUGAUAAUGAUGAUAACGAUGAAGAAGAUAUUGAUAAAAAAUAUUUCACAGAAAGUGAUAUGAAAGAUGCAACUAAUUUCUUAAAUACUGAAAUUUAUAAUACAACAAUUAAAUUUAAUAUUAAUAAUAAUGAUACUGAUAAUAGUAGUAGUAAUAAUAAUAAUAAUAAUAAUAAUAAUAAUACUAAUGGAUUAAUUGAUAAUCCAUCAGCAUUAAAACAACAAAUGUAUCAUGGUAAACCUCAAUUAAUUAUAUUAAAACCUCCCGAGAAUGAAAAUGAAAAUGAAAAUGAAAAUAAUGAAAAAAGUAUACCAUUUAUUCCAUUUGAUUUAAGUUUAAAAUCAACUAUUCAAUUUGUAUCAUCUACUUCAUUCGAUUGGUGCAGUAGAUCUUUUUCAACAUCAUCAGUUUGUUCAACUUCAUUAUCAUUAUUUCAAAGUGAAAUAGUAUCAACAUCAACAGCAACAGCAACAGCAACAACAACAACAACAAAUAAUAAUAAAAAAUUAGAAAUAGAAUCAUCAAUUGAUAAAGAGAAUUCAUUUAUUAAAUCAUUAAUGUAUUAUUCACAUCCACAAUCGAUUCAAUUACCAUGGGAUAUCAAUAUACCAGUAUUUCAACAUGAAGAAUUUAAACAUCAAUGGAUGAAACAACGUUGGUUAAGUUGGUAUGAAUCUUUUAAUUCAAUAUAUUCAAAUUUUAGAGAUGGUCAAAUUAAUUAUUUUUACCUUUUAAAUGGUUUAGAAUUUUCAAUUUUAUUUUUAUCUGAUCAAUUAGAUAAUAAUGAUAAUAAUAAUAAUAAAAAACAACAAAAAGUAAUAAUGAAUUCAUCAACACCACGUAUUCGUUCAAUGCUAACAAGAGAGAAUAUUAAUUGGCAAACUCCAUUUAUUAAUUCUCAAUUAUAUAACUCAACUGAUAGUGGUGGUGGUAGUGGUGGUGGUAGUGAAAAGAAUGAAAAUGGUAAUUUGAAAAUCACAAAAAAAACAAUUGAUCCAGCUUAUUAUCAAACAUCUUUAUCAUCAUCACAAUUAGUAAUUCAAGGUAGUGAUCAAAUUGAUAAAUUUUUUAAACUUUUAAAAAAGAAAUUAAUUUGGUCAAAUGAUUUAUCACAAAUUAAACAGCAGCAGCAACAACAACAGCAACAACAACAACAACAAAAUGGUUUAAACAAUUCUAAUAGUAGUACAAAUUCAACUAGCAGUAUGAAUAGUUCACAAUCAUCACUUAGUAAUACAAUGUUAUUAUCAUCAUCAGCUCAAAAUUUAAAUAAGGUUAUGUUCACUCCAAAGAAAUCAAGAUCAAUGGAUAAUGUAUUUACAAAUGUAAAUUCUCAACAACAACAUCAACAACAUCAACAACAGGCUCAAGAUGAUUUAGAUGAAUUUGGUGAAAAUGUAAUGAUAUUAUGUAAAGAUGUACCACAACUUUUAAGUAAACAGUGUUUUAUUGGUUCAACUAUUCAAAUUAAUAAAAUUAUAUCAUGUGGUCCAUUCACUAAAUCAUUUCAAACUUCAAAAACUCAAUUAGAAACUGCAUUUAGAAUUGAAAUUGAAGGUCCAAUCUUACCAGAUACCUCCUAUGAUCUAAUUAAGUUAUUUUCUUUACAUUUUAAUGAUUUUCAAUGUAAACAAAAUUCUUUACCAAUUACAUAUGGUUUUAAUUAUUCAAAUAAUAAUAAUAAAAAUAAUGAUGAAAAAAGUAAUAAUAAUAAUAAUAAUAAUAAUAAUAAUAUGAAUGAAAAAAUGGAAAAAUCUUCAAAAUUAUUAGAAAGAAAUGUAAUUGAAAAAAUUGAUUUUAUAAAUAAAACCUUCCAAAUUACACCUAUUGGCAAAUCUUUUUUAAUUUUUUAUUUUUUAUUUUUAUAUUUAAUUUUUUAUUUUUUAUUUUAUUUUUGCAAUUAUUAUUAUAAAUAA